CACUGCGGAGGAAAACGGGCCGAGCUGGGCCGGGGAAUGGAGCUGCCCUGGGAGCCGGGCUCCACCACAACCUGGAGGGAAGCGCUGCGGUGCGGCCCGAGCCCUGCUCCUGGGUGCUGCCGAGCCGGUCCGGACGCGGCAGCGGGGGCUGCAGUGCUUUCAAACGUGGCGCCUGGGGCUGGCUCUCCACAAUUCUGCGCUCUGCCUCCAAUCCAGCUCGGGCCGCGGGAGCUCUCAGAGAGAGAAGCGCGUCAUGUGUGACCCGCCCCGUGCGCGGUGACGGGGACUACCGGGCAGCGCCGGCACCACGAGCCCCUUCGUGCGCGCGCUCCCAAGUGCCCCCGCCAGGCCCUGGAGACUGCGCGUCCUAGCAUGCACCGCGCCCCAGGGGGCGGGGCUACGUGGAGCGAUAUCCCAGCAUGCAGCGGCCCCGACAGGGAGCUCCGGCUGGGGACAGCCCCGGAAGUGUUCGUGGGAGCGUAGUGGAAGUUGGGGCCUCUCCUAGCAACGUGGAGAGCGCCCUUAGCAACGCCCGCGCGCCAUGCCGGUGUGGCUGCGGGACUACAGCUGGCGGCAGACGGACGCCGCCGUGUACGUGUCGCUGUCGCUGCGCGGGGUCCGCGUCGCUCCGGCCAACAUCUUCUGCACCGACCAAUACCUGAAGGUAAAUGUCCCUCCAUUUUUAUUUGAAGCCAUUCUAUAUGCUCCCAUUGAUGAUACCAGUAGUACAGCAAAGAUUGAGAAUGGAUCAGUUUUCUUCACUUUAUAUAAAAAAGAAGCAGCCACCUGGGAAUCCCUGGUUAUGGAAAAUACUGACAAGGAAAAAAUGCAGAAAAUAAGAGAGAAUGCUGUCCUAAAAGCCCAAGAGAAGGCAAAAAAGGAGAUGAAAGCAAAAGCUGUUAAAAAACAAGAACAUAAAAAAUAUGCGUUGGAGGCCACAAUGAAGCUAGAAGAAGCAGAGAGAAAAAGAAUUGAAGAGCUGAAAGAAGAAGAGAGAAAAAAGGUUACUGAGGAGCUGGAGAUCUGGAAAAAUCAGAGAAAUGAGAAACAGAGAGAAGAGAGAGUGCAUCAAGAAAGGAAACAAACAGAAAAGAAAAACCAAAAAAUAAAUAAAAGUAUGGCUCUGAGGGAAGGAACUCACAAGGAUACAAGUUUACCUGCAAAAGUUACAGGAAAUAUAUUUUCAGAGAAGUUGAAAGAGGAGUCUUUCCCUGCUCCUCGAACUGCUGGUGGUAUUAAAAUCAACUUUACACCUCGGGUCUUUCCUACAGCUCUCAGAGAAUCCCGAGUAGCAGAAGAGGAGGAGUGGCUGUAUAAGCAAGCAGAGGCUCGAAGAGCAAUGAACGCUGACUUUUCUGAGCUUGAUGACUUAAAAGAAGAGGAGAAAAACCCAGACUGGUUAAAGGAUAAAGGAAAUAAGAUGUUUUCAACAGGAAACUAUCUUGCAGCUGUAAAUGCAUAUAACUUGGCAAUUCGAUUAAAUAAUAAGAUUCCAGUACUGUAUCUAAAUCGUGCUGCUUGCCACCUUAAAUUGAGAAACUUGCACAAGAGCAUUGAAGAUUCAUCAAAGGCUCUAGACUUGCUGACGCCACCUGUUUCAGACAAUGCUAGUGCUAGAGUUAAAGCAUAUGUGAGACGUGGAACAGCCUUUUGUCAAUUGGAAUUGUAUGCUGAAGGUCUCCAGGAUUAUGAAGCUGCUCUCAAAAUUGAUCCUGCAAAUGAGCUUGUAGCACAAGAUGCUGAGAAGAUUCGGCAUAUAAUUCAAGGAACUCAACAACAACAAGAUUCUUAAGCAAACCGUCAUACUGAUUCCAGACUUUAUUAUUAACCAGGACUAAGGAAAAAUGGUGAUUCAAAUUCUGCUUGAGCCAGUGAAGGCAGAAACUGCUUUGUUGCUAUAUUUAUCCCAAUGAUAAGACUGGGUAAAAAACAGGUACACUUCAUAAGAGUUGCUAUAAAUUUAGUAAAUAUAGCAAUAAGAGAAAUGAUAACAUGCAUUUAAUUUUUCUUACCCGUUUUCCAGUACUGUAUUUGUUUCCCUUUAUGAAAUACUGUCUGACCUGAAUAACAGAACAUAGUUUUCUGUAGUUAAUUUUACACAUAUAGCUAACUAAAUUAGGUAUCUGUUGGGAAAUUUCUAGCAUGGGUAAAACAACUUCUGUAGUUACUCUUGGUCAGCAUUGUUACCCGUGUUUAUAGGAAUGUGCUAAUGUAAAUAGAGUCAUUAGAAAACUUAUAUUUUUCACUGGAAAGUUUCUCAUUUUAUUUUUCAUAGGACUGGAAAUUUGUUUUCACAUUGUAUAUAAAAUUACAAAAAAAUUAAAAACAUGCUAUUAAAAAAUGUUUUCUGACUUGGGUGCUGUGAAGUUAAGCCACAAAAUAAAUUGCCUGAAUCUUUA